AUGGACUCAGGCAAGUCCACCUUCGUCAGUGCCAUCCGGGGGCUGGGGGACGAGGACCCCAACUCGGCCUGCACGGGCGUGGUAGAAAUGACCGUGGACCCCACACCGUACCCACAUCCCAAGUACCCCAGUGUCGUCUUCUGGGACCUGCCGGGCGUUGGCACCCCCACCUUCCGGGCUGACAAAUACUUCCAGCGGGUGCAGCUCUUCCAGUAUGACUUCUUCCUCAUCAUUACCUCGGAGAGCUUCACCACCGACCUCGCCGAGCUGGCUCUCGAGAUCCUGCGACGGGGCAAGCAUUUCUACUGCGUCCGCUCCAAGGUGGACGUGGACAUCGCCGCCUCCCGCAGCCGCCGCCCCAGCUCCUUCUCGGAGGAGAGGGUGCUCAACCAGAUCUGGGAUGACUGUGCGCAGCGGCUGGAGGCACAGGGACUCAGGGACCCCAAGGUCUUCCUGCUGUCCAUGUUCGAGCUGGGCAAGUACGACUUCCACCUGCUGGAGGAGUCGAUGGUGAGGGACCUUGAGAGUCACAAGCGGCAUGCAUUCCUGGUGGCCCUGCCCAACGUCUCCAAGCCCACACUGGAGCGGAAGGCGGCCUCGCUGAGGCAGCACACCUGGCUUGUGGCCACGGUGGCCUGCAGGGCCAACCCAAGGCCCGUGCCAGGCCUGCCGGAGGUGGCGUGUGACCUGUACAUGCUCACCCGGGCCCUGGAGGGCUACCGCCACAGCUUCGGCCUGGACAGGGGAUCCCUCGUCAGGCUGGCAGAGCAGACGGGCCAGCCCUUGCACAAGAUCCUGCAGGUGCUCCAGGGCCCGAAGACCAAGGUCACCGAGGCGCUGGUGGCAGAGCUGCUGGGUCAGGCCUCCGGGGAUGCCUCGGCCUUCAGCCAGAAACUCAACGUGCCCAUCCUGGGCUCCCUGGCCUCCUGUGGCCUGUCCUUCGCCACCGUCUACCGGAUGCUCCGCACCUCCCUGGACAUGGCUGUCAGUGAUGCCCAGAGCAUGCUGGUUCAGGCCUCUCUCGACAACCCCGACCACAGGCUCCUGGAUGGUCAGUGGUCCCAGCCCAGAGCCUAGGCCAGCCAGAGGUGGCAGCGAGGGGCUGGGAGCCUGCAGGCUCUGUCUGUGCCCAGGCUGGGGGGGUGUUGGGGGAGGGGAAGGAAGAAACUCCAGCUCCUAACUGUCCUGGACUGAGCCAUGUGCUGUCUCGUGCUUUUGCGCCCUGGGUCUUGUGCCCUCUCUGGCCAUGGCCCCUAUUU